UUAUUAUCCACCCUCCAAAAUAACACAAAAGCACCCUAAACCUCCUAAAAUUUUCAUGGACCCCCUCCAUUAAUACUCUGCUUCUCCAUCCUCCCUCCUCCAUCUCGCUCUCCUCGGUCUAUCAUGGAUUCCACCCCCGAAUCUCGCCUCGAUUUCGGAAAGCUCGAGUUUGGGUGCAAUCAUUAUAGGAGGAGAUGCAAGAUCCGAGCCCCUUGCUGCAACGAGAUUUUCGGAUGCCGCCAUUGCCACAAUGAAUCCGACGUUGAUGGGCACACGCUCUGCCGGCACGAUGUUCAGAAGGUGAUUUGUUUGGUCUGCGAUACUGAACAGCGGGUUACCAAAGUUUGUACAAAGUGUGGUGUAAACAUGGGGGAGUAUUUCUGUGAAAUCUGCAAAUUUUACGACGACACUGAGAAAGGGCAGUUUCACUGUGAUGAUUGCGGUAUUUGUCGAGUUGGAGGGCAGGAUAAUUUCUUCCAUUGCGAAAUGUGUGGUUCCUGCUACUCAAAUUCUCUACGAGGUAAGCAUACAUGUGUGGAGAACUCAAUGAAACAGAAUUGCCCCAUAUGUGCUGAGUAUCUUUUUGACUCGUUAAAAGUGACAAGUGUUUUGAAAUGUGGGCACACAAUGCACUCUGAAUGUCUGGCCGGAAUGUUGAAUCAUCAUCAUAGAUACACAUGUCCAAUGUGCUCCAAGUCCGUGGUAGAUAUGGCAAGGCAUUGGAGAAAGCUCGAUCAAGAGAUACGCACUAUGAUAAUGCCCCUGAGUUAUCGGUUCAAGGUACAGAUCCGAUGUCAUCAAUGCGAAAAUACCACUGAACGUAUGUUUCAUAUCCUCGGUCAUAAGUGUGGCAGCUGCAGUUCCUACAACACCCGAAUAAUUUCUCAACCUCCAGCGCUCCGUUAAUGGUUCAUCUUUAUGCGCAACUGACAAUCAAGGAGAAAACUUUGCUGAACCAUGGUACAUGUACUUAUGUGCUAUAGCUAUAAUACAACUCAGGAAAAUAUUUUGGAGGGGUCUGUUGAUUUUUAUCUCUCUCAACUUGCAGUUUCCGAUGAUACGAUAUGUUUCCUUGUUAAUUUUUUUUCUUUGAACUAGCAGUUUUCUUGAUUAAUAGAACUGUUGUCUUUUACUGAUUUGUU